GGCAUUAAAUGAAAGAGCAGGGGGUGAGGGAAGCAUUGGCUAUGGCGACUGGCGACUUCGCUGGUGGAUCGAAAUGAAUGAAAGUAGUAGGGUUGUUGCGGUACAAGGGACCCACGAAACCAUUUUCUUUCUCUCGAUCGCUCCAAUCCUGAGAUGCCCAGCAGCGGGCAUUUACCCAUUCUCUCGCAGAGCCUGUCGGCGGUAGCAUGAUUGAGUGCGAGCGAUCAACGCUCAGCCCAACGAAUCGACCCAGCAAUCCAAAUUACGCCCAAGAAUCGAAUCGGUCGAUCCAACAAAAAUUCAUCCUUUUGUGGUUCUUGUUCUUGAUAUCCGCGAGAUUUCCUCACACACAGGCAAUCGAGCGAGCAAGCAAAGAUGGAUCCGGAGUUACAAGCCAGCCAGACGAUCAGAGGAUGUGAAGUGGGGAUUUAAAGGGGAGCGUUUUUUGGUGGUGGUGUGUGUCUGUAACGACGAAGAACAGAUGGAGAUGGAGCAGUGGGGCAAAUAGCAAAGGAAUAAAACGACACAGCACGCAUCAAUCGAUCAUAGGGCUAGCAUUUGGUUGCUUUCUUUUGUUUUUGUCUUUCUUUUCUUUCUUUCUCUCAAAGCGAGCUCUUCUCCUGUAAGGCUGCACUGCGCUCUCUGUGCUUUGUCUCUCCAUCUCUCUCAUUCUCUUCCUGUCUUGUCGAUCUGUGGGCCUUUAGUUCGUUUCAUCGUUUAGUUUCGCGACGCUCGACAAUCUUGAGUGGACGAAACAGUAGCGCGAAAGAGAUCUUCCGCAACUUGGUCCCAAGCUUCUUCCUUUUACAUUGGGAUAGAACUCACAGAAUUCGUCAAGGUCGUGUGGAAAAGCUAGCGUGUGAGCGUUUCUCUCGCAAUUCGAGGCGAGAUCGAUCGAGAGCUUGAAAGCGUUUCUUUCGGUGCCACUGUUUUCCUUCUUGGUGUGGUUUUGGCGAUGGGGAAUUGCCAUGCAUCGGAUGCAGUGGCUGCAGUGGUGGAGUACCCAGGAGGACGAAUCGAGAAAAUCUACUGGAGUGUGACUGCGAGGCAGCUGAUGCUGCAAAAUCCGGGUCAUUACGUUGGAAUGUUCGUGUGGCCAAAGGCAUCGCCCAGUUCCGGCUCGCAAUCUUUCAAGCCCAAGCUCAAGUUGCUUCCGCCGGCAGCGAUGCUGAGCAUUGGGAAAUGCUAUCGUCUUGUCACGUAUGAAGAAGUGAUUGGAGAUCUCACUGAAGGCAAAGGAAACAUAAAGAUCCCCAAGGAUGCGAUCAAGCAAAGCAUUGCCGCGUCCAAAGUCACCCCUGAAUCAACCCGGACUUUCAAGUUCAGCAAUGUACUACUUCAGCCGCAGCAAGCUGCACCUGCAGCCGCCACGGAUCUCAAACCUCUCAACAGCAGGCCUGGGCAAUGGAGGCCAUCUCUCUACAGCAUUUCAGAAAUGGGAGGCAGCUGAGACACCACCUUCAUCUUUUCAGACACACAAACACACCAGAGUAACAGAGCAUCACCAACUUGUAAAAUCAAAAGGUGAUAGCUAGGUGAUCAGAUCCAGCCAGUGUACAUUGCUUGAAACCUUGGUCCAGCAGAGUUCUCUCUGAACCUAGUAGCCCAUGGAAUACCAUGAUCAACCAAAAAACAAUCGGCCCGUCAAAAUCAAUCAAUCAAUCAAUGGGCACCAGGGGUUGCCUCUGGCAAUGACAAAAACAGAAGAAAAAAAAAAACAGAGAGAGAGAGAGAGAGAAGGAAAACCUCCAAGAAAACAAACAUGUGACUCUGUGAUGAUCUCUUUUUUAUUUUCUUGUUGGCCUAAAUGGGUGUCCUGCCCCUGCUCACAUGGGGCCUGGCUGGCAUCAUUUGAGCCACAAACCACAGAAAAAUGCACAGAUUCUUUCUUUA